AUGAUGCAGAACGGCUCAACUAAAGAUGACAAUUGGCAAAUUAAAAGUUCACAGGCAGCUUUAGCAACAAGUGCUACUGCACGAUGGAUGGCAAGUGCUAAAAAGUCUAAAUCUACCGACGAAUCAGUACCAAGUAAAUCGACAAUUACUCUUUCUAUCGGUGAAUUACUCCCACCUACGGAAGCGCGUGCAGCGAUUGUUGAUGCAAUUCAAGAAUCUUCAGCACAUGGUUAUGCUAUUUCAUACGGAAAUAGUAUCACCCGUCAAGCUGUCGCUGAAUUUCUUUCUGACAGCAAUCUCAAGUUUACAAUCGAUGAUAUCAUUAUGACAAGUGGCUGUAAUCAAGCUAUCGAAACGUGUUUCACAUGUUUGGCUGAUCCAGGCGAUAAUAUUCUUAUCCCGCGGUCAAGUUUCUCGUUAUUCGAUUCUCUCUGUGCUGCCGGUCACAUCGAACCGCGUUUCUAUAAUCUUCGCCCUGACAAAGGAUGGGAAAUCGAUUUUGAAGAUUUAAAAAAAAAACAUCGACGAGCGAACACGAGCUGUUCUCAUCAACAAUCCAUCAAAUCCAUGUGGCACUAUGAAAUCUACGCCGGAAUGACAUUCGAAGGUGUGAAAUUCCAUGCGACGGCAACUUUAUCCGAACGAGUACCCGUGUUGACAUGUGGUGGAAUUUCCAAACUAUUCUGUUGUCCUGGUUGGCGAUGUGGAUGGAUUGCUAUUCAUGAUCCAAUGAAUUAUUUAUUCGAUUCGGUUCGGCCUUGUUUAUUUGAUUUAAGUGUGCGACUUCUUGGACCAAACUCGAUCAUUCAAGCUGCUCUACCUCGCAUUCUAAACGAGACUCCAAAAAUCUAUUUCAAAGAUUACAUGGCAUACGUUCAAAAAAAUGCGGAAUUAAUGUUUGAUAUCUUGUCACAAGCACAGCCUACUAUCGAACCCCAUAAAUCACAAGGUGCUCUCUAUAUGCUCAUACGUAUUAAUCCUGAUCAAUUCGACGGAACAAUUGAGAACGAAAUAGAUUUUGCUAAAAAGUUAAUGGAUGAACAAGCAGUUUCAUGCGUACCGUGCACAUCAUUUGGUAUCUCGAACUAUUGUCGUCUGGUCACAGUCGCUCCUUUUGAAAAUGUUCGAGAUGCAUGCGAACGAAUUGUGGAAUUUUGUCACAAGUACCAAAAGAAAAGCAACGGGCACACUCACAACAACAACAACACGGAAUGA